AUGCCGGCGAUGGAUCCUACAGUACUUGUCGAGUCGGAUAGUACCUCGGAAAUCGAUGAACAGACCAAAACCUGGGAAACCUCACAUUCCGCGCACGAGGACCCCACUCACCCCGAAUCGCCAGUAGAGUGCGGUAUUGGCCAUCGUGUCCAGGCCAGUCGAUCGGUUCUGGCACUGGUCAUCGACAAUGAGUGUGUUUUCGCGGGUCUGCAAGGAGGAGACAUUGUCGCUUGGUCUCUCGAGACGUAUGAUCUAGUCCUGUCGGUCCACGCGCAUCAGGAGAGUGUGCUGGACCUGUAUCUGUCGGAGGACGGGGACUUGCUCUUUUCGAGUGGCGGAGACUCGGUUAUUAAUGUUUGGUCGACCAGAACAUUUGAUCGACUGUACUCGAUCCAUACACACCAUGAUGUGGGCGAUAUAUUCGCCGUCGCCUACUCGUCUAGCUUGAACACGAUCUAUUGUGGUGGACAAAACACCAGCAUUCAGUGGUGUGGUAUUUCCCAGGUAGAUGCGGCUACAACGCAGUUGUCUACCGCGCAACUGUCGAAGCGUACACAUAGGUUCUUUGAUUCACGCGGCCCCGAUGGUUCUCGUGCUCCAAGGCCCGAGCCAGGGUCCGAUGGAGUCCGCCCGAUCACUGAAGGUGGCCAGGUGCUUACCUUCAAGCGCGAUCACCACAAGCUAUUCUCACACCACGGUUAUGUGUAUACUAUGCUUCUAGUUCGAGGAUUGAUCGAGUCGGCACCGAACGAAGAGGUGCUCUUGACCGGUGCUGGCGAUGGCGUUGUCAAAUUGUGGCGCUUAGAACAAGACAAAGCCAAUGCCGUCCCUUCUCAGAUGGCGAAACUACAAAACGGCGACCCAGUUCUCUCUAUCGCCGUGGAUGGGUCUUUCCUUUACUGUGGUCUUGCUGGAGGUGCCUUGAACAUCUGGAAUCUAGAUUCUCACCAGCUGGUGAAGCGUAUUACUCGGCAUACGGGUGACCUGUGGGCUGUUGAUAUCAUUCAUGGUGUCGCAGUCUGUGGUGAUUCUAACGGAGUCGUAAAGAAAUUCAAUUCUCGAUUUGAAGAGGUCGGUAGUUGGGCGGCCCAUGAAGGUACGAUGCUGGCGUCUGCCGCCGGGCAGUACAAAGACCGGCUUAUCUAUGCGACGGGAGGCAACGAUAACACCGUCGGUAUCUGGGACGUGACCGAGGUUUCCCUGAGCCAGGGCGAAUUGCCUCGGAUCAACAACGAUGAAAUGGUGAACUGCCUUGCAAAGUUUGUUGGCUUCAAAACUGUGUCGGCUAGUCCGAAAUUCUCCGGUGAAUGCAAUCAAGGUGCAGCCUUUCUGCGACGGCACUGCAUCUAUUUGGGAGCCAAGACCAAGCUUUUAACUACUGGAGAGGACACGAACCCGAUCGUGCAUGCGCGGUUCAAUGCGACAUCUCCUAAUAAGGUCGACAAAACGAUCUUAUUUUACGGACACUACGAUGUCGUCGGGGCCGAUGCCAAUCGAGCCAAGUGGAAGACCGAGCCAUUCCAGCUGACCUCGAUGGAUGGGUUCUUGUAUGGUCGAGGUGUCUCAGAUAACAAGGGCCCUAUCCUGGCAGCCCUUUAUGCAGCUGCCGAGCUUGCCCGACAGAAGGCGCUCCCUUGUGAUGUUGUGUUCCUCAUCGAAGGUGAAGAGGAAUCUGGAUCCCAAGGAUUCCACGAGACAGUUCGGGCACACAAAGCUCAAAUCGGCCCGGUAGACUGGAUUCUACUGGCGAACAGUUACUGGCUGGAUGAUUUCAAUCCUUGUCUAACGUACGGCCUGCGUGGCGUUGUUCAUGCCAACUUGAUUGUCUCCAGUGACCAUCCAGAUCUCCACAGUGGUAUUGACGGAAGUGCUUUGCUGGAUGAGCCAUUGAAGGAUCUUACCCUGCUUAUGAGCACUCUGGUUGGGCCCAGAGGACGCAUCAAUAUACCUGGCGUCCAGGAUCCGGUUCUGCCUCUCACGGAAGCAGAAAAACAGCGCUACGCCGACAUUGCGCAAAUUCUAUUGCAGCGACAUCCAGAAAUUGCAGACCGCGAGGCCCUAAUUAAUUCCCUCAUGCAUCGUUGGCGGGAGCCCUCACUCACGAUUCACUCAAUCGAAGUGCCGGGAAAUAAUAAGAGCACGACGACUACCAUCUCUCGGAAGGCGAAGGCUAGUCUAUCAGUGCGACUGGUUCCAAAUCAAGAAGCGGACGACAUAGCUGCCAAGUUGACCAUAUAUGCGCAGGAGCAGUAUGAUCUCUUAGGGUCGCAGAACGACCUGACCGUUGAGAUCACAGGCAAAUCCGAUCCCUGGCUCGGUGAUCCGGAUAACGAGAUGUUCGAGACCCUUGACGAAGCCAUUACGGCUGCCUGGACACCGGACCAGCAGAAUCAAAAGCAUCAAUACCCUCCCAUCCAGAGGAACUCACAAGAACGGGCGACCGCGUCCAAAGAAUCCAGUCUUGCAGUCAAAAGGAAGGACUCAUCCGACAGCCUGGCCUCUCACAUCGACCGUAUCAUCAUGUCGACUACUACGUCCUCCGCCGGGAAAAAGUCGUCCCGGCAACAGUCAUCCUUGAGUAGGACGGUCCCAACCUCGUCCACGUUGACCAACAAAUCGGGCGCCAUCUCCUCGAGUGACUCCACGCGCGAGACCUCCCCGACAACUCGCACCGAGGCGCCCAUCAACUCUACGGCCGAGCCCGUAUCCGGUCCAUCAGGCGUGCGUCCCAUCUAUAUCCGAGAGGGCGGAUCCAUCCCUACGAUUCGGUUCCUCGAGAAGGAAUUCUCCGCCCCGGCAGCCAAUCUACCGUGCGGACAAGCCAGUGACAACGCGCACUUACUCAAUCGCCAGCAGGAGUUUUUCACCAACCUACUCAACAACGACCUCAUCCAUCCCUCUAUCCCCAGGCACUCGUUAAAUACGAUCGCAGACGUCGCAACUGGAACCGGGCUAUGGCUCACUUCUCUCCCCAAGUAUCUCCGCUCCAUCGACAAUCACAACCGAUCCACACGCACUCUACACGGCUUCGAUAUCUCUGCCGACCAGUUUCCCUCUUCUACUAAGACUACCGAUCCGGGCUAUGAAGUCCAGUUCCUGGUCCAUGAUAUCAGGGACCGGUUUCCCGAGUCCUAUCGAGGGAGGUACGAUCUCGUAAACGUGGGCCAUUUGAUCGCGGCCCUUCGCGAAGAAGAGUAUGCGGUUGCGGUGAGAAAUCUGUUCGAGAUUUUAAAACCAAACGGCCAUCUCCAAUGGACCGAGUCAAAAGCCUCAACCAUCGGCACCAUCCAACUCCCUACUCUCGAGGUUAAAUCAAUUCCAGGCGUAGACGAACUCUUCGACGAAUCCAUGUCCCGCGUGGGUUUCUCUCUGAGUCCUGCACACACAGUCCAGCAGUUCGCAAUGGAGAUGGGAUUUGCGCGGGUCGAGAGAUAUACGUAUUCUAUCUCUGAGAGAGCGGAUCUACGUGCUCAAGCGAGAGAUUGGCAUGGGACGAUCUGGAGAACGGUGGUACCGCGUGCGCUGGUGCAGGUCGGGCGGGCUGGGAGUAUGCAAGAGGCGCGGGAGAUGGCGAAGCAGUGGAUGAAGGAGAUAGAGCGCGAGUAUGGAGUGUUUUGGCCGACGGUGGAUAUGCAGGUUGUUGUUGCGAGGAAGGGGGAGUAG